GUGUUAUUUUAAAAUAAAAACAAAAUUGUAAAGUAUUUAAAGUAGUAAACUUCAAUUUUAAAUAAAAAUGAGUUCAGAGGAAAAUCAUGAUUUAACUAAAACAUCCCUUGAAGCGUUGAAAGAAAUGCUAAAUAGAUACGAAGCGCUACUGAAAAAUAGAACUGUUAUAGAAAACCUUCUUGAUAAAGGAGAGUCUAUUAAAAAAGCUCAUAAAAGAGUUUAUAAGGAAUUAAAGUCCCGAGAAAGUAUACAGCAUCUAGAAAGUUCACUAAGUACAAUGUCUGUUAAUUGUAAAGAAAAUUCCUGUGGUAUACUGAAUGAAAAACAUGUACAACACAUUUGUGAAUUAGAGAAACCUUUUGAGGAUAAAAGAUACAGACCACAUCGGACAUUAAUGCAUAAAAGUUUAACUUCUGAAGAACCAACUUCAAGUUUAACAAAGAAAAGUGAAGAACCAACACAAUGUAUACCCUUAGUAGAGUCAUUGAUUAUACAAUCUGAACAAUUCCAAAAGGCAAAAGAAGAUCAAGCUAAACAGUUCUUACUGGGCUUUACAAAGGAAGAUGAAGUUGAAGAACCAGAUAUUGAUAUAGAAUCUGUUGCAAUUAAUUCUGAUGACCUAAAUGGUGAAUUAGAAAUUGUUACUGAAAAUGGUUAGCUUAGUUAUUUUAUUGAAACACAAAUACCUCACAAUAUUUUU